CGUGGUUAACUGUCGCGAGCAGACAAAGAGAGGAAGUAGCGAGGCGGGAAAUUUAAUGUUUAAUGCUAUGUGUGUAACGGAUAUGUAUCGGCAGCUUCAGCGCGCGCGAGUGAGUUGCGUUGUUUAAGUGGACGAAUGGCAGGUAUACACGCACGGAUGGCUCGGGUUUAAAUUAAUGGGAUUCGAAGUGCGCGAACGUUGUGUAGAGGAGAGGGUUUUAAAUUGAUCUUUCUUGGUGUGCGGAUGGUCGAACGAUUUUCAUGACGUGCAGUGGCUUACGUAAUCGAGGAGUUAAGAGUUACUAGGAACAAAAGCGAAACUAUUUUGCAUGAUAAUGACUAAUCGUUUCUAAUGGAGGGUGAAUUUUACAAGAAUCCGUAUAGGUAAUUACGACGAUGAUGAUUGAAUCAUUUAAAUUAAAUCCGCCAAUGUAUGCGUGCAUUCGAUCGACGGCAUAGUUUUGUUGUUAUAUUUGCUUGUAUUACACUCGUUGUUAUCAGCCUUCGCAUGAAACAACAAUAGUCUACAAAAAACACGGCUUGUAAAAUCACUGCAGUAGCACGCGCGGUAAAAUUAAACAAACAAAUAAAUAAAUCCGAAAAAGCUUCGCCCAAAUCUGUGAAAUGAUCCGAUUGCUGCAAUGUUAUUUCACAAAAUAUACCAUCUCAAAUCACCCAAGUAUCCUCUAGCAAUUUCAAACACUUCCCGCCACGCCCAAGCCCCACCGCGAGAUGCCUCUCUCGCUCGCGCUCGCGACCCAGAUUCUCCCGUUCCGCGGCGCAUGCGCGGACAAUCGAUCCGUUUCUCGCCGAGCACAAGACGCCCGGAACACUCGGACCGGGAGGACGACGCAGUCGCGCUCUAGUCUGCCGCCGGAGAUUGUGCCGCGCGGCUUUCUCCUCUCUCUCUCUCUCUCUCUCUCUCUCUCUCUCUCUCUCUCUCCCCCAACAUCGGCACACAUACUGCUGGCGCAUAAACACACGUAUACACGGACGCCGUUUAUUAUCCGUCAUCGCUUAUAUUCCAAGUCGAAUAUAAACAUUGCUCCGGUCUCGAUGUGAGCCGUGCCGACCGAGUGGGCGAGUCUCUCUCCAGCCGUGCUGUGCCGCCGUCAUCGCCAUAGCGUAUACGUACACACGCAGGGUUGUGCUACGAGAGCAGUAGUUGCACAUUAUAUUGCAGACAUGGCCGCGAAGAGCAGCAGCCGCCUCGAGGACGAGGUCGAAUUUGAGGUUAGCUUCGUCGAGGAUUUGCGCCAGCGAUGGCUCAGGUCGCCGACGCCCCGGGAGAUCAUGGUGGACGACGACCUCAAGGACGCCGCCGUCCAGACCACCUCGACGCUCACCGUCAGGAUACCCUUCGCCAGGGACGACGUCGUCUGGUCCUGGACUUUCGAGGUCACCACCCAAGGCAAGAAGUAUCUAACCAAUCUGAGCCUGUCGCUCGACAGUCAUCGAGAGAACUUUGCCAUCAAGUCAAUCUUUGGCGAAUCCGUGUGCUACAGUAGUGCUGAUUCCCAGCACUUUGUGGCACCUGCUGACUCAAGCCUGAAGAACGAAAAACCUUGCGUGCGCACCUACCUGGUGGAGAUUGAAUUUAAAACUUCGGUCAGUGGUACCUUCUGCCAAGAUGUAAUUUUUGGUUUCAACGAAGGUCCGGCAGUUCGUCGUCAAUUGUGCGUCGAUGUUGUGUUACCUGAAGAUCUUAAUCGACUGGAAGCUGCGCGCGAGUAUUUGCUCUACUUGAGCCAGCAUAGCUCGAAUCAGCAGAAGACGCCGAUUGUGCCGUUCAACUCACCUUUUGUGCCCGAGCGCGACCCACGUGAAGACCGACUUUGUGAGAUCUAUCCUAAACCAGAGAUCGAUACUUUCUUCUUGACUCACACUACAUUGAAGCAGACAGCGCUGGAUCCAAAGAAUUACAGAAGGAGGCUACAUGAACUGGUCACCAUUGAAGAGAUGGCCAGACGUGAACAGAUUGCCCGAUACAAUGAAGUUACAGAACUGAGACUAUCGAAUAAUUACAUUCUGGCUUCGGACACUGAUGGAUCAACUGUGGCCAAGUAUGCAGCACCUGGAGAACUGUUUGCACAGCUUCCACUGGGUCGCGAAAUCUCAGAAGACACGAAGAGUGGCCGCCUUGUGUUGCGCAGCUGCAACAGUCUCCUCGUCCAAAAGAUCACCUUCGGCGAGGACCGCACCACCCGACCCACUCUUGGCGACUGCAUCUUCGAGGCUCACAUCGAGGACAAGUGUAACCACGUCAUCUAUGCUCGUCUCUCCAAAGACUGCGUUACGCACCUGAAUCUCGUGCCCGAGAGCAACGUCAAGAUGCACGUGCAGUUCGUGAUGAAUCGCACUCCAUUCUGCGAAUGGCGUCGAGCCAUCGAUGCGCUGCCGGAUACCCGAUUGGUCUUUCCGCCAUCAGGAAUGCAAAGACGUAACGGCGAGACCAAGUUUGAGUGGUCCCAAGACUGGACCGUCACGCUCAAUGACUGUCAGUUGAAUGAGAGACAGAAAGAAGCUGUGGCCGUGAUGAUGGCACCCAUCGCUGAGAGAUUACCACCAGUGUUGAUUUUGGGACCGUUUGGGACUGGCAAGACUUCGACGAUCGCGCAGGCGUUGAGGAUUUUGUUGGUUAAUGAUAGAACCAGUCGAGUUAUUCUGUGUACGCACAGCAAUAGUGCGGCCGAUUUGUACGUCAAGGAAUUCUUCGAUGUUUGGUACAAGGAGACCAGCGACGAGAGACUGAAGCCGCUGAGGAUUUACUACAAAGGACGUGUCCGGAAUACGGUUCACCCGAUCGUAAGAGAAUACUGUCCUUCUGACGCGCAAGGCCGGUUCCGCGAUCCAACAAGCGAAGACAUGGCUACAUGCGGUCUCGUGAUCUCGACCCUCGCAACUUCUAGUUGUCUAGCCUCGCUGGACUACGACCCGACCCACAUAAUCGUCGACGAAGCGGCUCAGGCCCUGGAGUGCGAAGCUCUAGCUUGCCUGGCCUUAGCGACCGAGCGCACGAGGCUUGUUCUCGCCGGAGACCAGAUGCAGCUCGCUCCCGAGGUGUACAGUGACUUGGCUAGAGAACGAGGCCUCGGAACCAGUUUGCUCGAGAGGAUUCACUUGACCUACGAACCUAAGCACCCCUGCAGGAUACAGCUCUGCAGGAACUACAGGGCUCACGCUAGCAUCGUCAAGCUGACUUCGGAUCUGUUUUAUCAAGGCAAGAUCGAAUCUGGCGCGACCCUACCUAGGCACCCUGUGCUCGCACCGCUCACUUUCUACGCUUGCGAAGGCAUGGUCAUGCAGGGCUCGAACUCAACGGGUUACUACAACAACGACGAAGCCUACCAAAUAGCAGAACGCGUGACGGAACUGCGCCGACACUGGCCAACAGAACAGUGGGGCCCUUAUGGCGAGGGCUCGAUCGGCGUAUUGGCCCACUACGCGGAGCAGGUGCUUCGUAUUCGUAGCGAGCUGCGCAAGCGCCGACUCUUCAACGUGUCGGUCGAGCGCGUGCUCAACGUGCAGGGCAAACAGUUUACCGCUGUUUUUAUAAGCAUCGUGCGCACGCGCCACUGCAGUCGACACUCGGCUGAAAGGCAGCUCAGCGACUACGGAUUCUUGACGAACGCGAGGCUACUGAAUACCGCUGUGACGAGAGCUAAGAGCUUGGUCGCGGUUGUUGGUGACCCCGUUGCGCUUCUAACGAUCGGUUCCUGUAGACAGCUGUGGCAUCGCUACCUAAGCUCGGCGAAGGUGCACGGCAUGGACCAGCGCGAGCUAGAGCACCUGCUGAACAGGGUACCGGAAGAGGAGAAUGCGCCAGCCUUGAACCCAUUGGCCAAGGAGUUCGUGCCGCGCACCGGUACGCAGAAGGAAAAUCCCUACUGGAUCGAGUACGUCCCCAUGCCCAUCAACUACCCGGUCAUACAUUGCACCGUGGGUGACACGGGCGGAGGUGUUCUAUGAACUUCUGGCCGACGAAUUCCUGCAUCGGGGGACACAACGACGAGCAGGGAGCUUUAUACUUAGUCGUUAAGUGACGGGGACUGACUUGUGAGGAAGAAGUGAAGUGUGUUGGACGGAGAUGGGAUAUUUUAAGGAGUGAAUAUAGAAGGGAGAUGAGUCGUCCCGAUCAAUUCCGCAUUUUUUGCGUACGCUCGUUUCUUCCAGAUUUAGUUGCAUUGGUUGAUUCUUAUAACUCUAUGUUUCUGUAACUGUCUGUAUUUACUUCCCUUCUUAUUGCCCACUUUUCUUUUGUAUCAAAUAUGUAAUAUCUAGAAAAGUCCAUUCCUCUGUAUUAUAACAAUAAUCAUUGUAAUGUAAUUCACAAGAUAAAGAUACGUCGAAUAAAAAAUAGAAUUUAAGUUGUUCUAA